AUGGGCUUCGGGAAAUCCUCCCCCUUCCUGGCUUUCAGCAUCUUGGUCCUGUGCCAGGCAGGCAGUCUCCAGGCGACACCACUCAGGUCAGCUUUGGAGACCCUCCCUGAUCCUGGGGCACUCAGUGAGAAGGAAGGGCGCCUCCUGCUGGCCGCACUGGUGAAGGCCUAUGUCCAGAGGAAGACCAACGAGCUGGAGCAGGAAGAGGAGCAGGAGACAGAGGACUCCAGCAUCACCGCUCAGAAGAGGUCCUGCAACACCGCCACCUGUGUGACCCAUCGGCUGGCAGGCUUGCUCAGCAGAUCUGGGGGCAUGGUGAAGAGCAACUUCGUGCCCACCAACGUGGGCUCCGAAGCCUUCGGCCGGCGCCGCAGGGACCUUCAGGACUGA